AUGGCUGGCACUAGGUCUGGCAUAUGGAAAAGAACGAUCUCUCUCUCUCCCGAUGAUGUAGAUUUUGUAGAAAAGCCACCUCGUCAGCUAGCUCUUGAAUGCCCAAUAUGCAUGGGAAUACUUUUCCAUCCUCACAUCGUGAGCUGCUGUGGUUACCACUUCUGUGAGACGUGUCUAGAUAGGGUCAAGAGAGAAGGGCAGCCUUGCCCUAUGUGUAAGGGGGACUUCACUAGCCUGCUUAACAAGUCUUUGCAGCGUGAUAUCAAUCAGUUGACUAUAGUCUGUCCUAAUUCUAAAAAAACAAGUGAGGGUCCUCCAUGCGAUUGGAUAGGUGAAUUGGGCUGUAUAGAGGAUCAUCUUAACAUUGGGAAGCGUUUUGGGGGUUGUCAGUGUCUUGUGGUUGGUUGUAAUUAUGGCUGUGGUUACUCCAAUAAACGAUAUCUGCUAGUAGCCCACGAACAGACCGAAUGCCCAAAGCGUCCAUACAGCUGUGACUAUUGCAACGAGUAUGAAUCAACGUGUGAAGAUGUGAUCGAGAGGCAUUGGCCCGAAUGUAAAGAUUAUCCUGUCGAGUGUCCCAAUCAAUGCCAGACACGAUAUCUUGCAAGAGGUUUGCUCCAAGAGCAUCUCAAUAGUACGUGCGAGCUACAAGAAGUGAACUGUCCUUUUGAAUGGGCUGGAUGCACGGCAAAGACGCAAAGAGUAAAGCUAAUGGAUCACCUUAACUCGUCCGUUAACGUCCAUGUUUGUAUGGUUGGUAGCUCAGGACGGAGCAUGCAUGAAGAAGUGCAGAGUAUUAAAGGGACGCUGGGUGAUAUGAAGAAACAAAAGAGACUCACUGAUCUCAUUGUGUCAAAGCUGGAAAGAGAAGACGAAGCAAAUAAGGUAGCAAUAAAUGCUCUACAGGAAAAAAUGAAGCAACUUUGUGAAAAGAUAACAACGCUAGAGCAUGAGAACAAGGACCUUAAAGAACAGAUCGGAAGAGUCAACAGCGAGAGCAAAGCAGAGAAGGAGAUUCUGGCAAGACGGUCAUUCUCCUUGGAAUCCUCGAUCGGUCUGCCUCCAUUCCUUUUUGUGGUGGAGGAUUUCCACAAGAAAUUAGCUGAAAAGAAGUGCUACCUUAGCCCUCCAUUCUAUUCUCAUUUAGGCGGCUAUCGGUUCUGCAUUAAAGUAACACCUUCUGGAAUUUUUUUCGGCGAAGGGAGCCACAUCUCGCUAACAGUUUUCCUCAUGAAAGGUGUGUUUGAUGAGAGUCUUAGGUGGCCAUUUCGUGGUAACGUCACUGUCGCACUCAUUGAUAGAAUCAAUGGCAGCGAGAACUUUAUUGAUACCAUUAAAUUCGAUAAAGGUACUUCAGCGAAAGUGACCGGUCGUGUUACAAGUGGCGAAAUGAAUGAAUCUGGUCUUGUUUCGUAUCUUUUUGUUGAUCUUGCUCUUUUGAAGCCAAACUCAAAACAAAGUCCUCGUUUUUUACCUGACAACAGUUUGCAUAUUAAAGUAUUAUCUGUGACAGUUGCAUCGUGA